AUGCCCCCUCUCAUUCGGCGGAGGCCGCUUCUCGAGCGCAUCAAGGCCUAUUUGAACCCUCUUGACUUUCUGUUAUGGCUUUCGGAGGAGCUUGACUCCAGUGAUUGGGAACAGUGGGAGAAGGAGUGGGCGCUACCCGUUGGAAUCGCGUUGAACGUUUUAUUUCUCGUUGCGCGUGCAAAUAGCCAGAAGAGCAGCCGGGCUCAUGACGACGUGUUUGGAGACGAGGGAGGUGUAAGCUAUGUAGCUUGGCUGGUAUGCGGAAUCCUUGAUCAAAACGGUAGCUUUUUAGCGUAUUAUAUGCUAACGGAUAUCUCGGUUUUACAGGCAUCAUUCAUCGUUCAUGCGCUGGCGCUUCUGUCCAUCUCAAAUGCGCUAUAUGCAUUUUGCCGGACGCGUCCCUACCGCUUAUUUGAAGUGCCUAUUGAGAACGUACCAUCAACACCCUCUGCCAAACGAGUGCAAGUAAACUCCUCGCCGAUGGCAUCCACACCCCUGCGCUUCAUUUCCGACGUUCUAUCUGCUAGCUCAGCGGAGAAGAGGGCACAUCCUGAUGCCCACCGAGAUGUAUGGCAGCUCUCUGUCUGGGAUCCGCACCCAAUCUCUAUUCGGCUGUUUUGCCUAUUUAGUCCUGGUCAUAUUCUCGUGUAUUGGUUAUUCCUGCCGACGCUCUCCUCGGACACCCGGCCCAGUGUAACGAUAGUGACGACUAUAUUUUUGGCAUUGCUAUUGACCGCGCAAAUGUCUGCCCUUUCGGCCUCCUAUUCCCAGCAAGCUAAAGAUUCAGCUUUGGUCCAUAAGGAGGUGUUGAAUGAAUACGAUACGAAAUUCGUUCACCCAAGAACAGAUCCAGAUGUUCGCGAUGUUGCCACUCAGUUUUCACAGGCAGAUCAUUUUAUCCCACAUAAGGAUGAAAAGUAUAAUGUGGUAGAAACUUAUGCACCAUCCACCACACAGCACACUUUUAAGACUCGCCCGAACCCCAACUACAUCCAUCAUGUCGAUCCCGAUUACCGUGUGAAAAACCUACCACAGGUGACUCCUAGAACAUCUCUGUCAACACCGCAAGUUACGUCCACCGGUUCUAUACAACGGACGACUGAUAUCCAAACACCCUCUUAUCCUGUGGACACUUUUACACCCAUUAACAAGAAAAGCGGUGCCAUUCGCCAACCACAAUUCAGACCACCAUCUGGGACGGGCGAUGGAGGGAGCCUUGGGGUCUAUUCCCAUGCUCAAUCUCCCCUACGAAAGUCAGCAACACCCUAUUUGGACCGGAGGCAAAGUUCUGCCUACCGAGAUCCUGACAGCGCGCAUAGUCCCAGGAAAACUCCAAGCAGUCCUCUCAAGCGUUCAAGCGUGGCGGGUGAUAUGAGCUCCAUUCUGUCAUCCAGCCGGAGAGCUCGGCUUGCGGACGGACUUUCUCCUAGGAGAGAAAGUGGGCGUUUUUGA